CUCCUACAGUGCUGCCCAACUGCACGAGCAGUCAGUUCCAAUGUGCCAACGGACGCUGUAUCUCAGCUAGUUGGAAAUGUGACGGAGACAACGACUGUGGAGACAUGAGUGACGAGCAGGAUUGCGGUGCCCUGACCUGCCGGUGGUUCCAGUUUACCUGUAACAAUGGCCGCUGUGUGUACAACUCCUGGGUGUGUGAUGGGGAGGACGACUGUGGGGAUGGCUCGGAUGAACGGGACUGUGCCACCUCACCGUACCCGACAUCGAUCAUGCCGACUCGUCCUGCCAACUGCACCUCGCUGCAGUUCCAUUGUCAUAACGGGAACUGCGUCAACGAGCGCUGGAAGUGUGACGGGAUCGACGACUGUGGAGACAACUCUGACGAAGCCAACUGUGGAGGUACA